ACUGUACCGUCACAUGAACAGCGAUAUCAACAGUGUCUAGCGUUAUUUUGAAAAGCGGUCGUCGUAAAUGAAAUCGACACCGUGGAUAAACACAAUGCCUGAACUGUCUCAGAUUCGAAGUUUUAAUCUUAAGAUAAUAUUUCUUAUACACUUCAUUUUUAUAUCCUUGAGUUCACUAGGAACAUGGAGCUCUACGGGCUAUCUCUUUUACAAUAGUAUCCUCACAAUACUUUUAAUUUGGGCUAUUUACCACGAACAAAGUCACGAACCUGUCCAAUUGGCUAUCGUGGUUAACGCAUGUUCCAUAGUUUUAGACAUUCUGCUUCUCGUGAUGGCAUUUCCCAGCAAUCCCAAUUAUUCUGCAAGGGAAAAAUUUUCUGCUGCCAUGGCCAUUCUGCAUUUGAUCAUACGCCCCUUCAGCUCAAUAGUUCUUAUCAGGAAUCUGGAAGAGCGAAGCGGCUCUACAGGAGUUUUAACUGGUAUUUUGGGAGGAGGAGGAGGAGGACACGAUGAAAACUACGAGGACAUUGACAGAGGGACUGUACCCCACUCCAACCAAGGAUACGACUUUACCAAUGCUCAGGCAAUUUAAUUCGGCACAGAUUGCCUACCCAGUCACUUUUCAAUGGUAAUAAUAAGUUUAAAGUGAACUGAAAACAUGCUGUACAAAGUUUUCUGUAUUGCCAUAUUGUCUUUGAUGUAGGUGUAAUGUUUCUGAAGUAAUACUAAUUUAUUAAGAUCAAUAUCGAAUAUUAAAAAUUACUCUUUUACAAAUAAUAACGUGGCAUCUUCAGUACCAUUGAGUCUCUUAGAAAAUUGUAAUAUAGGUACCCCGGCCGACAAUGAAAUUAUUGUACACGGUGUCAUUCAGUUGUGUCUAGGGUCAGAAAUUAGAAAUUCGGAACAAGGGUAUAGUUCAUAGGAGGUGAUAUCUCUAAUGAAAAAACAAUUCCACCGAUUAAGACAUUUUCAUUUCAACAAUAUACCCUAAGCGACCAUUUGCUUUCAAAAUGGAGGCUAGGGGGCCAUUUUCCUCAAAUUCAAUAUGGCGCACUAUGACGUCAUCUAAGGAAAUAUUCUUAAACAACAUUAAGACGUCCAGGAGAUUCAUAGUUAUCUCUUAAUAGGUUUACAUGGGAACAUUAAAAGAAUUAAAGAGAAACCUAAACCGAUCUUAAGGGAGAUUGACGAAAAAUUGAGCGACAGCGAAAAAACACAAGAGUCACAGCUGAGAUAUUUGAGGAUGUAUAACUCUAAAAUUGUAGAUAAUUGCGCUGGUCGAUUAAAAUCCACGAUGAAGUGCACACACUGUGGAAACUCGUCAGUAACCUUUGAUGCUACUUGGGAUUUGUCUUUUCUCAUUCCACAAAGAACUGGCCAAUUGAGUUUGUCACAACGCUUGGAUUUCUUCACAAGAAAGGCAACUUUGGAUGGAGAUAAAUAACCAACGUGUUUGAGGUGCAAGGAAAGAAGAAAAUGCACAAAGUCCCUGUCAAUCCAUGCUUUCCUGUACUUAAAUUAUUUAUUUAAAAAAAAUCCAACGUAAAGAUUUUAACGCAAAUCGAAUGCUACCAUUGAAUUUCCUCUAGAAGGAUUAGAUAUGAGGAAUUAUGCAGCAGACAAUGUGGCUCCUUGUCGCUAUAAUCUAUAUUCACUUUCAAAUAACAGUGGGACUACAUACAGCAGACACUACACUGGAACUUGUACUGAAUACAACGAUUUGCACACGUUACAAAUAUCACCAAAAUUGCCUGUGAGUGGAGAGGCAUAUGUCCUCUUUUCGAAGGCUUUCAAGCCGGAAAUAUAGUGACACUGAAAACCUCGGCCCUGAAAGCGUUAACCAUUUUGUCAACCAAGGAACACUUUUCUUCAUUUCAGAUUAAAGACACUCGUGAAGAAGUUAUUGUAUAGCGAAACACUUGUUGCGUUUUUGUAAAACUGUUUAGCUAAAAUCUCACAAUAAAGUGUUCUUGAUUAUGUUAUGGAUUUUCAUCAAGUAUCAACUGAUUUCAUCAAAUAUAUAAAAAUUCAAGAACUGAAACUUUCCACCAUUUCACGUACUCCCAAUAAAUUUUUUUAAUUGUCAUUUUUGACAUUUGUAAAUAAUGAUGAGAUUGGAACCUUUGGUGUGAAAAUUUUCUUCUCCUGAUGACGUCGAGUGCAAAAAUAUCAGUUUGGUGAAUUGAAGGGGUUAUAUUUUUUAGGAGUCAUUACUUUUCAUCCUUUUUUUUUGUUUUUUGGUAUCAAGAUGGAGUAGUAGAAAGCCAAAAACUUUCUUUCCCAAUCAGUUUGGUGUUAGGGCAAUUGAUCUCGAAAAAAGUUAUUCAUUUGUAAAGAAUAUUAUCUCAAUAUGAAGUGUUAUUUUUUAAUAUCAUAUACCUCUUGCACCACAAAAAAAUAUGCGGUUCAUUUUUCUGUGCCAGUGAAAAAAUGAAUGUUUCUGGCGAAUUGUGUCUACUGUUUCUAACUACAUUUACUUAAAUUAUGGUGCCGCCAUAUUGAGUUUAGACUCCUACACCGUCAUUGAAACAAUUAGUCACUUCUGUUAUAUUGUUGAAAAAAGAGUUCUGUGUCCUGUCGAAUGUUCUAAAAAGUAUACAGGGUUCAAAACCGAAAUAGCUUCAAUUGUUUUUUCAUCAGAAAUACCGGCUUUAUUUCGAAUUUGUUACUUUGAAACAACUGAAUGGCACUAUGUACAAUAAUGUCGUCAGCGGAUAUAUUUGAUUUGAUGACUCACCUUUUAUGUAAAUAAUUUAAUCUUGCUUUCUGUGUUACUCAUAUCUAUAUAAGAAUGUAAACUAUAUUAUUACUACUGAUAUCUAAUAUUUAGUGAAUAAUAUCCAGUGAGAGGUUUUGUGUUCCUGUUUUGAAUAAAUUGUGAUAUAUAA